AUGGCUGACGCUCCUGCCCCCGCUCGCGGCGGAUUCGGUUCUCGUGGAGACCGCGGUGGUGACCGUGGACGUGGUCGCGGACGUGGCCGUGGCCGCCGUGGCGGAAAGACUGAGGAGAAGGAAUGGCAGCCCGUCACCAAGCUCGGCCGUCUCGUAAAGGCCGGCAAGAUCAAGAGCAUGGAGGAGAUCUACCUCCACUCUCUCCCCAUCAAGGAGUACCAGGUCGUCGACUUCUUCCUCCCCAAGCUCAAGGACGAGGUCAUGAAGAUCAAGCCUGUCCAGAAGCAGACCCGUGCCGGUCAGCGUACCCGCUUCAAGGCUAUCGUCGUCAUCGGUGACUCCGAGGGCCACAUUGGUCUUGGUAUCAAGACCUCCAAGGAAGUCGCUACCGCCAUCCGCGCCGCCAUCAUCAUCGCCAAGCUCUCCGUUGUCCCCAUCCGAAGAGGUUACUGGGGUACCAACCUUGGUGAGCCUCACUCGCUCCCCACCAAGGAGAGCGGAAAGUGCGGUUCCGUCACUGUCCGUCUCAUUCCCGCUCCCCGUGGUACCGGCCUUGUCGCAUCGCCCGCUGUCAAGCGUCUCUUGCAAUUGGCUGGUGUCGCCGACAUCUACACUGCCUCUUCCGGUUCAACCAAGACUCUUGAGAACACCCUGAAGGCUACCUUCGUAGCUGUCGCACACACCUACGGUUUCCUCACCCCCAACCUGUGGGCUGAGAAGAAGCUUACCCCAUCCCCGCUCGAGGAGUACAGCGACAUCCUCCGUGAGGGUAAGAGGUACUAG